AUGCAGAUAAUCCCUAUAGCUGAGGAGGAGGAUGACGAGGAUGAGUACUCCGCUUCGGCGUGCGAGAUCAUGCAACGACGGAGUUCGAGCCGUCGGCAAAGUAGGCGAAAACGUCGACCGUCCUCUCCUUUCAGCAUCGAAGCUGAGGCUAUGCUUCGUCGAAGAUCUUCCGCUUACACCAUAAGCUCCGGGGAAACCGCGAUCUCGAUGGAGGAGAGCGGAAGCCAGGAGCAGAUAUUCGAAAAGUUGAAGUUGCACAAAGAGGUGUUGAGCGGAGCGAAGCAACAGCCGUGGCCGCUUCGUAGGAAGAUGAAGCUGGUGCGGCAGGCAAAGUCGUACGUGAGGAGGCACGAGGGUGCCCUUCAGGAGAGGUUGGCUCAGACUCGAAGCACGAAGGACGCAAUUGCCCGUGUUUCCCUGUUCGCCACGAAAAAAUGGCAAUAUUGCCGUAGAGAGAUAGUGAAUCUUCAAACGUGGCUGAUUCCAUGGGAGUUUCGCAUAAAAGAGAUCGAGUCGCAUUUCGGCUCUGCGGUGGCCUCCUACUUCACUUUCCUUCGAUGGCUGUUCUGGAUCAACCUCGUUAUGGCAGUUAUCCUCGUCGCCUUCGUUGCGAUUCCCGAGAUGCUCACAGCAGACGUAACUGCGGCGGGGGAACGGAAGAUCAUGCUCAGAGAGGAGAAAAUAAAGUCGAAGCACUUGUUAACCCUGUGGGAAUUCGAAGGGGUCUUGAAGUACUCGCCAUUUUUUUACGGCUGGUACACCAACCAAGAUUCGCAAAACGGUUACAGAUUACCCCUAGCUUAUUUCGUCACUAAUUUGGUGGUUUACAUCUACAGUUUCCUCGCCAUAUUGCGCAAGAUGGCAGAAAAUUCCCGGUUGAGCAAACUCAGUGAAAAAGAGGACGAAUGCGCGUUUUCCUGGAGAUUGUUCACAGGUUGGGAUUUCAUGAUCGGCAAUCCUGAAACCGCACAUAAUAGAACGGCGAACAUAGUGCUUGGAUUCAAAGAAGCUUUAUUGGAAGAGGCCGAGAAGGAAAAAGAUGAGAGAAAUUGGAAGAUAAUAUUGAUGAGGAUCUUCGUUAAUGUAUCAGUGAUAGCGUUAUUGGGAUUGUCAGCGUAUGUCGUAGUGAAAAUUGUUGCACGAAGUUCCAAGGAACUCGAACAGAGUAAUUGGUGGCGUCAGAACGAAAUUACAGUCGUGUUGUCACUAAUCACAUAUGCGUUCCCUAUAUUCUUCGAGAUAUUGGGCCUGUUGGAGAGCUAUCAUCCCAGAAAGCAGCUGCGUUUGCAGCUUGCACGAAUAUUGCUUUUGAACAUGCUGAAUCUCUAUUCUUUAAUAUUUGCUUUAUUUGAAAAAAUUGAUUCAACGAAAUUAAGAUUAAGAGAUGAAUCAAUUAAGAAUUGCACGUAUAAGCCUGUCAAAUGUGAUGAAAGUAUGUCGAAAUCGCAACAGUUGGUGACCAUAGCAUCUUUAAGUUUAAUCUUGGCAAAUAAUAUAACUGGAACGCAAUAUAAAAAAGAAAUUCCUGAACCAACUCUUCCAAAAUUUUCACUGAUGCCAACAAACUUAUACCUGAACCCGAUACUCGAUGAAAAGUUGCUAGAUGAAAUGUACAAUUUCGAAGAUUAUUAUGAUAAUUACGACUACGCUAAAACAAACGAAUCGAGUGAAAUUACAUUUCCUCAACUCGAGAAUACAACCGAGGAAGCCAAUUUUACGAUAAUUGAGAACGAUAACAUCAAUGCAACAACUGUUUUCAUCGUUUUAGAAAAUUUUACCGAAACUUCUUUUAUAGAUUUAAACGAAGAAGCUAACACCACUUUUACGACUGGUAUCUCGUUCAACGAAUCUACAAUUUAUUCGGAUGAAACGAUUGAAAAAAUAGAUUAUAAUAAUAUAAGUACAACCACAGAUAUCGAUAACGUAACUCAAAUUUCCCAUGUAAAUUCAGAGAGAGAAAUGGAGGAGAAUUCAACAACGUUAUCGACACAGGAUAAUUAUCCACAUUUGAUACUUACAACGUUAAAUACAGGUAUCGAAUCCGCAACGAACAAAUUUGCCGAGGAAUCUGUUUCUACAGAAAUGAUCGAUAAAAUUUCUACCGCUCUUGAAUCUUCAACAUUAGACGAGAGUGUGAUUCCUCCAUUAGAAAAAGAUACAAGACACGUCAUAAAGUGUUUCGAACAGGUUUGCACGACUACACAAGAUGCAAUUUCUUCAUCGAAACGAUUAGAUGUGAAAACUCGAAAGAAGCUUCGCCAUUCGUGCUGGGAAACGGUAUUUGGGCAAGAACUUGCUAAGCUUACUGUAAUGGACUUGAUAAUUAUCAUAGCAAAUACGUUAACUAUAGAUUUCAUUCGCGCUGUCUUCGUACGAUUCAUGAACAGUUGCUGGUGUUGGGAUCUUGAGAAACAAUUCCCCCAAUACGGUGAUUUCAAAAUCGCCGAAAAUAUACUUCAUUUGGUGCUUAAUCAAGGGAUGAUAUGGAUGGGAAUGUUCUUUAGCCCUGGAUUAAUGGUGUUAAAUCUUUUCAAACUUGGAAUCCUCAUGUACGUUAGAUCUUGGGCUGUUAUGACUUGCAAUGUACCACACGAAGUAGUUUUUCGAGCCUCCAGAUCUAACAACUUUUACUUCGCUCUAUUGUUAAUAAUGUUAUUUUUGUGCGUUCUACCUGUUGGCUACGCUAUAGUUUGGGUAGAACCGUCAUUGUAUUGCGGCCCAUUCUCCGGUUACAAGAAAAUUUAUCACGUAGCGACGAAAAAACUCACCGACUCCCUUCCUGCUUUAAUUAAGAGGUGUCUUGAUUACAUUGCCUCUCCUGGUAUAGUAAUUCCAUUAAUUGUUCUCAUGAUACUUAUUAUUUAUUACAUGAUAUCACUUACCGGUUCAUUGAGAGAGGCUAAUAACGAUUUAAAGAUACAAUUGCGCCAUGAACGUACUGAAGAACGGCGGAAAUUAUUUAAAAUAGCGAAAAAAAGAGAGGAGAUGUCCGACACGUUGAAAUGGAAAAAAGUGUUGCCAGUUUUAUCCAAAAGAUCGAUAACAGAGAAAAUAGGUCUUAAAGAUGAUUCAGAGGAAAUUGUAGAAAUAGAAAAUGCGCCGAUAGAAGUUCACGUAGAUGAGAGGAAAAAUUCAACCUCGGAAGUAGAACUGGAAUUAACAGAUAAAUUUAUAGAACAGGACGUAAUAUUACAUGAUCAGACGCAGCAUACAUUUUCUGAAAGUGAUAAUAAUGAAAAAGAAUCGGUUAAUAACAGUAGGCUGAUAAAAGUUUUACACAAUUCUUGGGAAACACAAUCCAAUGAUCACGCUAUUAUACCAGAGAUUCGCAUAAACGAGAUCAAAAAGGAAUCGUGUUGAAACAAAAGAUUAUGAUUCAAGUGAAAGGGGACAAAUAAAAGAAUUAUCUAUUAAAUAUCUUAUCCUAUAAUUAAUUUAUUUAUCCGUUUAUGAUGAAAAAGAUCUUCUUUUUACAGAUUUGAACGAUUCUAAAAAAAUUAAAAUUUCUUAAAAUACACGUAUAUCACGAUGAGGUAUAAAAUCGACAACAUUAAAGUAAAGUUAGAGAAGCGUUUCAUUCAUUCUUGUUUAUGGUCACAAAAUAUACGCACUUAAACGAAACACGUGCACAAAAUACAAUCAAUUUACGCUCAAUUAUAAUUACUAAUUACAUCUAAAAUACUGACGAUCCAUACGGAGAUUAAUCACGCAUGGAAUGACCCGUUAUUGUUAUUAAUUAUUACAUCGUUUACAAUAUUAUAGAAAUUGACAUUUCGUUUCCUUAAAAAUAUCUAUCAUCGGAAGAAUUAAUUUUUUCUUUUUUUUAAUCAAUCAUAUAUUAACGAUACGUAUAUACGAGGCAAAAAUUAUGUUUCUUCAUAUAUUACCGAUGAAUGUCUAAAAAAUAGAGUCCCGUUCCAUCAUUUUAAAAAUUUAUAAUCGCUUAUUUGAUACGUUUUAUUUCGACGUGUAAUAAAUAUACAAAGAACACAUUAAGAUUGACACAUAAAUUCUAUUAUUACGAUCUUUGUCUUGAUUUGUCUUGAUGCUUGUGCAUGUGAAAAUAUUACUGGUUCGCAUCAACAACAAGAACAAUACGAUCCUUCUCGAAAAGUUCAUACAAAUAAUCUUGAGAAAUCAUGCGCAGAUCUAUUUUCACAUCCGAGACUAGUUCACACGUUAUUUCAAUAUUUUAUUAUCUCUCUUAUAAAUAAACGCUAAUCUUUUAAUAAACGUUAAUCGUCUUAUAAUGUAUU